GGCAGGAGGCGGCCGUGCGGCUCGUUCGGGGCUGUGCAGCCGCGAGCGGUUAUUCAAACACCGCGUUUACACCGCUGUUCCGAAAGGACAGAAAACGGCCCGGGGGCAGCGCUCCCCUCCGCGGGAAGGGCUGCAAAGCCGCCCCCCUCCCCUCCUUCCCCCCAUUUUCGCACGCUGUGGGGAAUUCAAGGCCGAAAAAUGGCCUCCGAAGGGAAAGUGAAACUAGCUGAUCCCGCCUUCGUGGCAAGGCGGUCGCACCGGGGGAACGGGGUGAAGCGCCUCACGCCUGGCCUGAAGCUUCGCCCGUGCGGGCUUGACCACAGCUGCCCCGCAGCGCGGCCGGCGGCGAGAGGAGACGGCGGCGGCAGCGGGCCUGUGGCCUUAGCUGGUUGUGAAUCGAUCCAAGAAUGAACAAAUGUAAGAAGCCUUGUGUUGACCAGGCUCCAAAUCUUGAAAAGUUUAGUCCUGAUAUUCUUGCUGAAAUUGAGAAGCUCUUUGCAAAGAAGUUUUCUUACACUAAACCUGUGAAUAAUGAAUGGCAGCUCCCGGAUCCUAGUGAUGCUUUUAGCUGUGAUCACAAGGAAUUCAACUCACUCCUUGCUCUGAAGGAUUCAAUGAAUGAAAUCAAGAAUCAACUGAGUGAUAAGAACUUGGAUGAAUGGCAUCAGCAUACCUCAUUUACUAAUAAAGCAGGGAAAAUAAUUCCUCAUGUGAAGAAAUCUGUGAAUGCUGAGCUGUGUACCCAGGCUUGGUGCAAGUUUCACGAGAUCCUGUGCAGCUUCCCUCUUCUCCCUGAAGAAGCUCUUCAGGAUGGAGAAUUGAAUUCUGUCCACCUCUGUGAAGCACCUGGAGCUUUUAUAGCCAGUCUCAAUCACUACCUGAAAUCUCAUCACAUCCCUUGUGAUUGGAAUUGGGUAGCUAAUACUCUAAACCCAUACCAUGAAGCAAAUGACACCCUUGUGAUGAUUAUGGAUGACCGUCUUAUUGCGAAUACCCUGCCCUGGUGGUACUUUGGCCCAGAUAACACUGGUGAUGUGAUGACAUUGAAACAUCUAACAGGACUUCAGCACUUCAUAAAUAAUAUGGCCACAGUUCACUUGGUAACUGCUGAUGGCAGUUUUGAUUGCCAGGGAAAUCCAGGUGAACAGGAAGCUCUCGUUUCACCUCUGCUCUACUGUGAAACAGUCACUGCUUUAAUGAUCCUGAGCACUGGAGGAUCCUUUGUUUUGAAGAUGUUCACGUUGUUUGAACACCGUUCUGCCAAUCUACUCUUUCUCCUAAACUGUUGUUUUGAGGAGGUCCAUGUCUUUAAGCCAGCCACUAGCAAAGCUGGAAACUCAGAGGCCUAUGUGAUUUGUCUUCGUUAUUUGGGCAGUGAGAGCAUUCACCUGCUGCUUUCUAAGAUGAUACAGAACUUCGGAACGGAAAUGGUCAACAAAGCACUUUUCCCCCAGCAUAUGAUGCCAGAAUCUUUUCUUAAAAUACAUGAAGAAUGUUGCACAUUCUUCCACAAGUGCCAAGUAGAGACUAUCUCUGAGAACAUCCGACUCUUUAAAUGUAUGGAAGAAGCAGAGCAGACAAAACUGAACAACCUAAGAGAUUGUGCAGUAGAGUUCUUUAUGCAAAGAUAUUGCAUGAAACCUAUUGCCAGAAAUAACUGGCUGGUGAAGAAACCACAGGUUGGUUGUGGCAUGAAUGCAAAAUGGUUUGGGCAAAGGAACAAAUAUUUUAGUACAUACAAUGAAAGGAAGAUGCUGGAAACCCUUACAUGGAAUGAUAAAAUGGCAAAGGGCUAUUUUAAUCACUGGGCUGAAGAGCACAGCUUAAAUAAUGCCAGUAAACUGUGCAUUUUGGAAGGAUCAUCUUCUAAUCUUGAAUGUAGCUUGUGGUACAUUUUGGAAGGAAAGAGACUACCAAUGGUAAAUUGUUCUCCAUUUUGUGAUGGUCAAGUCUUAAAAAACCUUAAUGAAGCGAUGAGAGAAUGGGUAGGGGGCAGGCUGAAAAGCAGAGAGAUGCUGGAGCCUUGUCCUUCUUGUGAGGUUCUUUCAGGGGAACUGAUACUGGCAGAAUUGUCCCGUCUUACCAGGUGUCACCAGGAGGUCCCGAACGCAAGUUGUAGCGACCAGUUCAAGUGCCUUGUGGCGGACUUUCCAUCCCUUUGUGAUACCAAAAGCCAACUCGGUAUGGAAAUAAAGCUCCUAGACUCUGCCCCACUGCUGACAUUUAGCUUCUCUUUGUUUUACGAUGGAGAACCAAAAUACCAGCAGCAGCUUUUGGAGUGUGUUCUGCAUUCACUAAAUCAACUUAAGAUUGGAGAUGCAUUGAUUCUGCCUAUUCUUUCUUGUUUUACACGCUUCACAGCUGGCCUCAUCUUUAUACUGCAUUGCUGUUUCAGAUGCAUCACAUUUGCUUGUCCAGCUUCCCCCGAGCCACUGAAGACCUGUGCUGUUUUGCUGUGCAUUGGUUACCAGGGCCUCCCAAAUCCAGUUGCUGAAUAUCUGCACCAUCUGAAUAAGCUGAUGAGCUCUUUGCUUGACUCGGACUCUCCCCAGCAGGUUUUGCAGUUUGUGCCAAUGGAGGCUCUCCUCCAGGGCAAACUGUUGGAGUUUUUAUGGGAUUUGAACAUAGUCAUUGCAAAGAGACAACUCCACUUGAUUGUGCAAGCUGAGCAGCAGCAAGUGACUAGCAAUAUCUCAUUUUAAAAUAAUUCUAGGGUAGAGCAAGUUUCUGCUCUUAGAGCUUAUUUCACAGGCAGGAAGGAGUUGUUAGAAACACUGCUGUGGGGCUGUAAUGUCACUGUAAAACCUUGGUGUGGCAUUUACAUUUUUGGGAUGCCAUUUUGAGCUGCCAGGCUUUGUGGAAACCAAAACACAGUGUUUGGGCCAAAAUGCUUGGCAGCGUUCAAGUUUAAUGGAAGAUGUAAGGGGAAAAAGUGUCUUGUGAGCAAGCAGUUGACUCGCAGAUGUUAGGUUAAAAUUGACUGCCUUUAAGCAGUGGCAAGAGUCCAGGGAAAGAUGCUCUUUGGUUUUAAUUUUGUGUAUGCUGUAUGAUUUUUGACAGGUCAUUUUGUGACCUUGUUCCCCACCACCACCCCAAAAUCAAUGAAUGGGUCAUAACUUUAUGUGGUUUAUGGGAUCUUUCUUAAAUCGUGGCACCUGAGUGAAAGUGAGAUUUGCAUUUGUCUAGUGGUAGCAGCUAUUAAUAAGGAUGUGCAAAUGUUUUUCAGAUUAGAAACAUGAUUAUGUGCAGAUUUGUCUGCCAAAAAUGCUUUGAGGAGCAGCACUGGAGGAGCAUUAAGCUGAAAAAAUACAUGAUACUUUCUUUAGAAAAUUGUAGUUAAGUUCCUCUUAGAGAUGAAAAUGAGGAUAUUAAGUAACUGAUGCUGUUCCUUUAAGGGAAUCAAGUUUUAUUUUUCAUCUUGCUUGUAUAAGAGCUAAAUUUUGAGACCUAACUUCUGUGUAUUAACAUUUGAGUUUUAAGUUUGUAGUUCACAUGGGAAAACCUGCUCAGAGGGAGAAAUGGCGUUUAAAGGAGAAAUGGCUCUACCGUUGAUGUGUGCAAGAUCUCUCGGAAAAAGGUUGAAAGAGUGCAGUUAGUAAGAAGGAAAAUAUAGUCUCCUGAUUAAUUACCAGUCACCUUCUGGAAGCACUUCUAAUUACAUAAUGUAGGAGCUUGAAGGAUAAUUGAUUACUGGUGAGGACUAAAAGCAGUGUUGAAAAACUGUUUUGUCUGGAGGUGCUGCACAUUUAAUAGGCUUUCUUGCCGCGUUGAUCGGGGCAGAAUUUAAUGCAUUUAACAGUUCAUUUUUUAUUUAAGGAUUUGAUAGGUGAGUGAGCUUGUGGCUCAAGUCUGACUAAUUCAUAACAUUUUCUAAAGAUCUUGUUUUUUACAGUUGCACGUAAAUAGAAGUAGAGAAAUCUGCCCAACAAAAGCUUCUGGGACUGGUCAUUGUCCGUUUUAAUUUAUUUAAAUAUAUAUAUAUAUUUUUCUGGGAGCUGAGUCAUGUCUCCUCCUGAUCAGGAAGAUUGUGAUAUUGGGCAGUAAUAGCUUCUUCUGUACAUUGUUAUUGAACCUCCAAACUCAAGAGUGCAAGCAGGGCCACAGAUAAAUUUUGCUGAGGAAUAAAAAGGAAACGACGAUUACUAAAAUAGGAAGAGAGAAGAAAUAUUUUAGAGGAAGAAUGGAUGACAGGACCAUAUCAAAGACCACCUGUAAAAGCUGCCUUUUCCUGAGACAGAAAGCAUGAUAAAGGUGUUGUCCACCAAAGACACCCUCACCUCUGCCACUGUUCCAGAGGUGAUUAAUGUUCUGGGAACUCCUGCUGAGUUGAAGCAUUUUAAAAGACUUAAAGCAGAGGUCUGAGGAGAGAGAAGGCCCUCAUCCAGUAGAUAAACAUAGUAAGUUAUUUUUUCUCACUAAUGUUAGUCUGAUCUUUUUUUUUUUAACUAUUGUCUUUAUAGGAAAAGUAAAACUUUGAGGAGACUCUCAGACUGAGAGAAAAUGCAUUUAUUUUUUCAAGUUUUCCUGUCUGCUCUGUACAUCAGACAAUCUCUGCAGACUUCCUUGAGUUGCCUUCCCAUCCCAAUAUCAUCAGGCAGUCUUUGUGUUCUCCUAAAUUUUUAGGGGAAAGCAUUAUAAAUGGCUCCAAAACUUCCAGCCAAGUUAGGAAUGUGUACUUCAAGAUACGCUAGACCGUCAUAGUCACUCAGCCAGGAGAGAAACACAGUCUCUUUGGUUAGGAAGCACGAAAAAGGUGCUUGCACGCUCUCCUAUGAAAAACCAGAUCCCUUAUAAACGAAGACACUCAGUAUGGUGGGGAUCCUGAUGUCCAGUUUGCUUUGAAGGCUUUUUUUGUUCCUUGCCAGAUGUUGGGAGAUGACAGGAAAAAUCCUUUGAGAGCAGCUGUCUGUUCUGCUAAAAAGGAAGGAUGUGGCUUGUUUAUUUAUUUUUCUUUUUUCUUUUGGGUUCAGUUCUCAGUGUCAGGAGUUCCAAAGUUGGGAAUGAUCCUAGUCCUUUUAGUUGUGAAAGUCCUUCGUUGGCAUAGCUGUUUCUAGACCAAAGACUUUUUUCAAGGAAAAAAACAAUUUCUGUUGCGACUUCUGGAAUAUGCAAAAAUGCAAAGGAAGAAUGCAGUAACCUUUUUGGAGAGGGUCUCAUGGCAUCUGCUUUUGAUGAUGCUGUCAAUUUAUUUGGGCAAUUUUUAUUUGAUUUGGGAUGAGACCUGAUAGCGUGUCUCGGGAUCCUGGCUUUUUUUAACUUGUUCUUUUUUAACCUGUUUGAAGAUGUAGUGAAUACUGGCUUUCAUACUUAGGAUCUUGAAGUUUCAAGCAGGGAAAGGGGCAGCAAAAAGAAUAAAUUGGUUAUGAUGUGAUCAAGAAAUAUGCCAACUUGAGGAAAAUUUGGUUUGUGCAGUGACCAUGUUUCCGAUGAAGAAUGGGUUUUUAGACGCUGUGAUAGCUAUGAGCUCCAUUUUUUUCUGAGGCUUUUUGGAUCUUUUCUUCUAAGCCAGCAUAAUAUUUUGGAAUAAGUAGUCACAUGAGAAUUAAAUAACUUGGGUUCUCCAUUAAGUGAAAGUACUGAUUUUUAGUUGAGUACGUUAAAGUUCAGAAAUGUGCUACUUAACUUUACUGAUUUUAUAUUUUAUUUAAGUGCACUUAGAUGUGCACAGCUUGUAAGUGUGUUUGCCACUGGUUUUCCAAUUUAAUUUCUACAAGGCAUAAUGAGAUUUGUAGUAUGAAAUCCAGUAGUCUGUAAAAUGGUGCUAAUUUGUGUCUGUUCAUCUUGAUUUAAGCUGUUUCUGUCAAAUUACUGGUUGUAGAAAGUAUAUAUGUUAGCAGAAUUGUCUAUUAGAAAAACUAUUUGAGAUUUAAGGGAAGGGCUCAGUAUUGGACAGCUGGAAAAGGGGGAGGAACCCCAUGAUUUCUGGCCACUUAGCUGGGUAAAUUAGGAUGUGGAAUAUUCUUGAAUCUCUGAUCUACUGGAAGCAAAGGUGGACCAAUAAGCUGUAGCCUCAGAUCCUUGUAAUCCUGUUAUCCUUCCUAAAAAUCUGUCUUUUGACAUAUUACUAUUUAUUUUAUAGAUGACUUAUAGCAUGUCAAUUCUUAAAGGUGAAGAGGGGGAAGUCCUGUGGAAUUUGUCUUGGUUUUGGUGGAACUGAAUUAUUUUGUUUGUCAGUACUAGUUGUCCUGGUUUCUGACUUUGAACAAGAGCCUUCCAAGUUGCUGCUUGUGCUCUUUGAAAAUCUUGUGGGUUUCUUUAAUGCAUUAGUGAGUGAAGACAGGGAAAUUGGUUUUUUUACAAAGUUUGAUGAUGGUUUCUCAAUCUCAUUCUUGCAGCUACUUCUGGAAGUGCCAUGCUGAUGUCCUUAGCCUCAGUUCUUUGUGCGUUUACUUCAGUUGACACAAAGAUCCAAUGGAGUUAGUUACCUGUUUGGGUCAAAAAUGCUUUCAGCCCGUGGCUGUUCAUCGGUUACCUUUUAGGCAACAAUUUGGAUUGCCAUCAAAUCCUUGUAUGUGACUUCUUGUGAUUCCAAAACUGAUUCCAUGUCUUAAGAGAAAUUUGUUGUAAGAGUUAACAGAUGGCUGCAGACACUUCUGCUUGCAACAAGCAGAACCUUGAAGUAGCAUUUAAGUGCAGGAAGCUCUUCCUUGCUCAUAGAGGCUAAUUUAACUUGCUGUUGACUGGAUUUGCUAGCCUUUCCUUGCCAGAACAGCUGAAAAAGGCACGACCACCUGAGCAAAUGCAGUUGUGUGCUGCCUUUCUUGUACACACAGAUAUAGCCAUGCUUACGCUUGUAGAAACCCCCAGGAUUGUGCUGUUGUGAAGGGUUUGUUUUAUAACUAAUCAAUGUAUGCUUUUGUUCUGAAGGAUGUAUGUAUUUUGUUUAAGUACAUUAAGGGAUGUUGAUUUACAUAGCUAUUGUGUCUUUUCAUUUGAUCUGCAAAUGAGUGUUAAGACCUUUUUAAAAGAAAGGAAAAAUGAUUUA